AUGAAUGCGAAUGAUUUUAAGCCUUAUGGCCUAACGCUUUACUGUGUUGAGUGUGGUUUCGGAGGCAAAGCUUCACUUACUGGCACCGUUGAGGUUAGCUUGUUCGGCGGUAUUGAAGUCGCCCAGAUCCAGUUCAACACCCAGUUCAAAGCUGGGCUCAACCUUGGCCUCAAAGCGUUCGUUAAGUACGAAAAGGAGUGGACUUAUCUAGUUGGCGAGAUCAAUCCUUGGAGCUUUGGCAUAGCGCUACUCCGUGCUGUUGGACCUUACGUAGGUCUCGACGUCAAGGCUGGAAUGAGUAUUGAGGCAACUGGAACACUGCUCAUUGGAGCUUCGGUUGAGUGGGAGAAUAUCGAUAUCUUGAUUGAUCUUGUCAACUCUGGUAACAGCCACACCAACGGUCUUACCACUGUCUUCAAGCACACGGCCGAAGCCACUGGUAAGCUCAAAAUGGAGGCAUCUCUGGGCCUUCUGGCUAGUGUUGGUGUCGAACUCAAGCUUCUACCCGAAUUAUGGGAGGCCAAGGGAGGAGUUGUCGACACACCGUCAGUUGUUCUUGAGGGCAGCUUCGAGAUGGGUGCGACAGUUACUGACGACGGUGAGACCCUGGCUGAUAUAGAUGGUGAUUGCUACGGAAUUGCUUGGAACACCAUUUCGAGAACUCCCUCGAUGCGUUUGUCACAAUUGAGUUAUUCUAUUGCUCAAGGUUGCAUUGGCUAUGUCAAUGACGGAACUUGUGAUGAUGGAUCUGAUGAUGAGGGGGGUAUGUCUGGAACCGGAAUGGACUGCGGUGGUAGUGGUCUAUUCGCUGAUUGUGUUGGGUCACAACCGGCACCUGUCUUUGAUCCAACAUCCAAGAGGAAGACUGGCAAGAAGGCCGACACUAAGUCCACUAAACAGAAGGGCACCGCUCAGAGCAACAAGAAACCUACCAACACCAAGACUAAGAAGCCGAUCAGAACCUCUAGCGUUCUGACAGCCACUACCAAGAACACCAAGGCUACCCAAGCUGCGAACAAGAAAGUCAAUCUGGCCAAAGCAUCCAUAACGUCCAAGAAGGCUUCUCCAGCAUGUAAUCCCGCGGCUAUCGCCAACAUCAAGACCCCUCCACGUUCAGUUUGCAAGAGAAAUGUGGCAAAGGCUCGUGUCCCCUCCAAGUCCAUCAUUGCUAUGGCUUCUUCUGUGAAGAGCGUGAACACUUGCACCGAGAUCUGCUUGAAGAGUAAGAAGUGUAUGAGCUUUGGAUAUGGUGAGGAUAAGACGUGUCAACUCUAUCGGAAGAACUUCAAGAGUCUUGGAGUCACAUUUGGGAGGGGGAAGCAGAGUUCGUUGUUUUACGAUAGGAAAUGCUAUGCGUAUAGCAAAUGUUCCAAGUAG